AUGCGAAGCGGGGCCUGCGGCGGCGACCGAGCUGCUGCUUCUGCCGGCGGCGGCCUGCGGCUGCCAUCAUCCUCAUGGGGCGCAGCAAGACCGGUGGCGUUCGAUCAGCAGCAUCAGCUUGCGCCGCCGCUUCAUGCCGGCAAAAAGGAUGCCUUCUUCGAUGAAGAGGACGAACCACUCCCGUCCCCUUCGAAUAGCCUGUCCGACGUUGACAUCGACCAGCUCUUGUCUGAGCUAGCCGGAAUGGACGGCGGGCCAACUCCCGAGGCCCGCUCCGGCGAGGCACAGGUUGACGAGGAGGGGUGGGGAGAAGAGAGGGGGGGCGAUGGUUUUGACGACGACGACGGUUUUGGUGGCGGCGGCGGCGGCAAGAAGGAGAGAACGACGUGGAAGAAGAAGGGGAAGAGGAGACGUGGUUGGGGUCGGGAGUCCGAGGAAACCCCACCCCCGCCGGCUUCCAUCGGAAGCCUAGAGCAGGAGCUCCUGGGCAUGUGGCAUGAUUCCGACGAGGGGGGCAGAGGCAACGACUACAUCAAGCCGGGAGAUAAGCGAAGCGGCAUCGAGGGGAGACGGGCGCGGCGGGGGAGGGACUACCGUCGUCGUCGGGCUGGCGUCGCCGGCGAAGGAUUGCUACAGGACGGUGGUGGUGGUGGUGGGGGGGGGGGGGGGGCGAUCUCCAGAGCCGUUUCCGAUGAGGAUCUGUUCGAGAGCUUGUUCGGGGACCAGAGGGGGGCCCGUGUUGACGUCGGGGGGGGGGCUACGGAGCUAGCAGAUGCUUACACCGACCUGCUGCUUGGGGAGACGGCGGCAGACGCCGGGAGCAGGAAGAGCAGGGGCAGGGGUAGAGGCAAACGGGGCUCUCAGAGGCAAGGGGAGUCUUUUCUGCUGGACGAUGACGAUGACGAUGACGAUGACGAUGACGAUGACGAUGACGAUGACGAAACCGAGGAGGAGGCUUUGGUGGAGCAGGAGCCGCCCCCCAGGCCUACCCGGGAGGUUUACGAGGAGGCAAUGGCCGCACUCACGCCUGAGCUACGUGCUAUGUGGACCGAGCUUCAGGAGGUCGCCGGUAGCGCUUCUGCGGUGCCCCUCCUCCAGAGCAUCGUCAACGCCACACCGGAUGGAGCGGUGCAACCGGAACUGUUCCAAGCCCUCUUCCCGUUCGAGCUGGACCCCUUCCAGACAGAGGCCUUGAGAGGCCUCGCAGGCAGGAACAACGUCAUCGUGUCGGCCCCCACGGGCAGCGGGAAGACGGUAGUGGGGGAGCUGGCCGUGGUUUUCUACACGACUCCUCUGAAGGCGUUGUCGAACCAGAAGUUUCAGGACUUCAGGAGGCAGUUCGGGGAGGACAAAGUCGGUCUGCUCACGGGUGACAGCAGCUUUAAUCGCGACGCACAGGUGGCGGUGAUGACGACGGAGGUGUUCCGCAACAUGCUGUACGACAGCGAGGAGACCGGGGAGCUGGACGACGUGUUCGCCGUCGUCUUCGACGAGUUCCACUACAUGAACGACCGGGACAGGGGCACGGUGUGGGAAGAGUCGGUGAUCAACUGUCCCAAGACGGUGCUGAUGGUGGCGCUCUCCGCCACGAUGAGCAACGUCGGCGAGAUCAAGGACUGGGUGGAGCACACGCACGGGGCGUCUUCCCUUGUCGUGAGCGACUUCCGCCCGGUGCCACUCUCGUUGCGAAUCAACGUGGAACUGCUAGAGUCCCACGAAAACGACCUCCUAGCGGCGAAACGAUACUCGCAGCGAAACGACGACGAUGGCAGAGGGGGCUCCGGCAGAUCAUCAAAGUAUGGACGGGGGGGCGGUGGCGGCGGCAGCCGCGGGUACAGGAGAGAAGCCAGGAAGAACAUGCGGAACGCGGCUUAUCGGGCUGUGCCGAGCUUUCCGUAUCUGGUGCGGUGCUUGGGGCGUAAGGACCUGCUUCCGGCGAUCGUGUUCAUCUUUAGUCGCGUGGGGUGCGACCAGGCGGCCAAGCAGGUGACCACUUCCGUCGGGGUGCAGUUUUUUUGGCCUUGCAUUCUUGACACGGUUGUCGAUCACUUUUUACAAGCAUUGGACUGGAUGCGGCCUGCCCGUCAAGGACAGCGACCUUGCCACCCUACGCUGCUGCGGCGGACAGUGGUGUUUGCGACGGAGACGCUGGCCGCCGGCGUCAACAUGCCCGCAAGGGCCACCGUCAUAACGACCCUCUCCAAACGCAUCGACACGGGUAUCGUGAAGCUCAACCCCUCCCAGCUGCUGCAGAUGGGCGGCCGGGCUGGGCGAAGGGGGAAAGACUCUUCCGGGUCGGUGGUGCUCAUGCGCUCUCGCUUCGAGGACUGCAUCGAGGCGCACCGCCUGCUGUUGUCGCCCAUGGACGGCAUCGAGUCCCAAUUCAAGUCGAGCUACGGGAUGGCUGUCGGUGUGCUCCGUACUCGGGACAUGGCUUCUGCCAGGGUGCUGGUGGAGAAGAGCUUCGGGAACUUCGUGCGGCGGAAGAGGGUCGGCCCUGCUCAGUCUCGAGCUUCUGAGGCCCAGGAAAAGCUGGACGAGCUAAAGGACCAACUCCAGGGGACCACACUGGCGGAGGCCAAGUUCUACCGCAAGCUGUGGGAGAGGAUGGAGUCGGAGAAGGGGAUCCUGGCUUAUCUCCAGGCACAGGAUCUGGAGGCGGAGCAAGAGGUCGUGGAGACCAUCUUGCCGCUGGCCCGCCUAGGCUCCGCCAUCACCCUCGCGGACGGGCGAACCUCUGCACUGCUCGGGGAGAUGGCGCCCGUCGGCGCGACCGCGCAGCUCCUGGACCGCCAGAGUAGCGAUGGAGGCGUCUCCGAGGGGGGGGCUGGCGGGGAGCGUUGCUCUUCGGCGGGGCGGUACCUGAUACUGGACCGUUCCGGGAACGUGGAAGCGGUUCUUCCGUCCCAGAUGAGGCAGAUCGACUGCGGGCACGAGGCGGGAAUCAGCGCGACACUGGCCGCAGAACUAGCCACCAUGGUCUCUCCCAGGUCGGCAUGGUCCUGUUCCACCAACAAAGAAGAAUCGCAAGGGCAAGCUCAAGCCGCAGCGCCGCCGGCUAGGGCAGGAUUGGUGGCUGUUUUGGAGGACCGCUUCCCCCGAGAGCCUCCGGCAUUGGCAGAGGAGGGUUUGCCUGCGAACGGCCAGGCGAUCUCCCUGAUUCCGUCCGAGGAGGAGACGAAGGGGUGGGACGCAAGCGCGCUCGUCAACGCCGGGUUGUGCAUUUUGGAGGAUGAGGAGGGGACAGCUACCCGUGUCCCCGGCCACAUCCAGAGACAGCUCUCGGUGAUGAGUCGUGUGGCGGAGCAGAUGGAGAACCACCCGGUGCAUCAGGUGGAGGACCCAGAGUCCGUGGCCAGACUCAGCAAGGAGAUCAUAUCUUUGGAGGAGCAGGUCCGGCAGGGGUGGAAGACGGAGCAGAAGCUCAAGCAGCCCGCCUGGGACGAGUUCCUCGCCGUGUGCCGGGUCCUGAAGAGAUACGACGCGCUCAAGGACGCAGAAGUAUCAACGCCCACCGCCUUCGGGAGGAUGGUGGGCUCGAUCAACGCCGAGAACGAGCUGUGGAUGGCGCUCGUGCUAACGAGGAAGAGCAUCCUCCAGCUUGGGUACACCGAGCUCGCGUCGCUGAUGCCGGCCAUCCUCAACGAGUACACCAGGCCCGAUCUCUUCACCCUCUACGGGCCGUCGGAGGGUGUGUCGGCAUUCCUCGAAGAGCUCGCCCCCGUCGCGUCGGAGCUUUCGGAGAUCCAGAUGCUGGAACAGGUGGAGCAGCCCGUUCGAUUAGACGGCAAGCUGUGCGGGCUUGUGGAGGGCUGGGCCAACGGGUGUGACUGGAGCGAGCUCGUCGCGAGCACGUCGUUAGACCAGGGCGACCUCUGUCGAAUACUGAGAAGAGCCAUGGAGAUGCUCCGACAGAUCCCCGUCCUGCCCGGGCUUCCGGCGGUGCUCAAGGACCGCGCGAGGCUGGCGGCUGACUCUCUCGACCGCUUCCCCGUGUCCGACGACACGUCAUACCUACUCAGGGCUAGCACCACCGAGGUGGGCGAGGAAGACGGAGACGUCGUAGGAGACGAGGACGAAGAAGAGCUUGUGCUGAUGUCGGGGGCGGCGGCUGACGAUGGUGACGUCAUCGUGUCUGAUGGAAGGAACAUGGAGGACUUCCUGGACGAGGAUGAGAUCGCGGCUUGGGAGGCCGGCGGGGAGGCGGCGACAACACUGGAAGCAUGAGUGUUGUUGAGGGGUCGUGGCCGUUCGCGCGCGUACUUGUCACGAAAAUGUAGGGAACACGUGGCAUGUACAUG